AGCAUCGCAAGCACAGGGUUGUCUCAGUUGACUGUGCUUAGGGAAAAAAGAAGCGCAGAGGGUGUAGACGGCAAGGCUUCCAUGCAGGAUUCUUCCAGUGCUUCUAGCGCAGCGAGGCUGUUUUUCUUCCGGCUGCCCGUGGUGGGAAUUUCCUUGCUGUGUCCACCCCGCAGCUGUGCGGAAGCGGGCUGUAGCUGA